AUCCCCGGGGAGGACGUUUUGGCUGAUCCCGCAGAGGCUGCGAGGUUGCUGAAGGAGGGCUUCACCCGAACAGGCGCCAUCGGACCCGCUUUCGGUGCAGGUGCUUUCUCUCGGAGUCCCUGACCGGAGAACAAGCAACUAAAAAGGCGACGUUCUUCUUCGGCCAAGGGCAAAAACAAAAGGGUGAAGAACGUCGCGCCCGAGCUAGCCACAACCACUGUGGUGAUUUAUGAUGAUGGGGAAGCCAGUGAUGAAGAGGCUUCCCUACAAAUGAGAUAACGAUCUUCUUCAGCUCAACAAAAUGCUCAAUCUGAAAAGCUUAUAAUGCCAACUAAGGACGACGUCCAAGCGCUAUGGGAAGUGUGUGACUUAGUGGAGAAUGCCAAAUCUCGCUUUUGAGUCUCAGUCACUGCUCCCGGUACUAUGAGGCUGAGUACCGGGCCUCUUCCAUCUUCAGUUGAUAAGCAACCGACAACCAGCACUACUUUUACCGCAACCGCUUCUCAACCCACAAAGCCAUCAGCUUCAUCUUCUUCUACACCAGUCAUACCUUCAUCACUAGCAACUGCUACAUCACCCCCACCGACCGCAGAUACCCGACAGGAGGACGUCCCCCCUCCCCAGUCCCCAGACUAUGGGAAUUUGGGGCACAACUAUUCGCCCCCUUCUGUAGAUCCCCAGAGGAGGAGGAGCAUCUCUUUAUCGGUUUCUACCGAGUGCUAUCUGUUGUCCCGGUCUGUGAAACUCACCAAUUACCUAAAGUCGCUGGCUUUAGAGAAAGAUAAGAAGAAAAUACACUCUCUUUUGGGGGGAGUGUAUGAUAAACAAUGCCAUGUACAAUACAGCAGCGGCUAACUUACUUAUUUCUAAGGGCCUUCAAAAGUUGAUCUUAGAUAAAGAAAGACUCACUUCCAAGCGGGAUCAACUGUUGGUCGAGCGGGACCAAAUUGUUGCUCGCCUCCCGAUACUGGAAGCACAAGUUGCCAAAGCCAGUACGUUGGAGGCUCGGUUAUAGCAGAGCGAUCAAGAAGUGAUGGAAGCACAAGUUGC